CGCAAAACUCGACACAAUAGCUACGCCCAAUUCUUGAACGAUGACAGAAGCGAUUUUAGAUUUCAGUAAAGAGCUUGACGUUUCUUUGCUAGAUCAGGUCGUUACAACUUUCUACACAGGCUCAGGUGGUGAUCAACAAAUGGCACAAAAUCUACUAACACAAUUCCAAGAACAUGAAAAUGCUUGGAUGCGUGUCGAUGCUAUCAUACAGAAAUCAACUGUUCCUCAAACAAAGUUCCUCGCGCUUCAAAUUUUGGAAGCGUUCGUUCAAACAAGAUGGAAGACACUAGCAGCUGAUAGUAGAAACUCUAUCCGGUAUUUUGUCACUGAUGUUAUUAUCAAAGUUUCAUCCGAUGAGGGUGCGUUGAUUAAAGAACGUGCGUAUAUCAGCAAGCUUGAUAUGGUCCUUGUUCAAAUUUUGAAACAAGAAUGGCCCCACAAUUGGCCCUCCUUCAUUCCUGAAAUUGUUCAGAGUAGCAAAACGAACCUUUCUAUUUGUGAAAACAACAUGCUUAUUCUCAAGUUAUUGAGUGAAGAAAUUUUUGACUUCUCUGCUGAACAAAUGACACAAAUCAAAGCAGCCACGUUGAAGACGCAAAUGACCAAAGAAUUUUCAGAGAUCUACAAUUUAUGUAGAGAGGUUCUUGAUAAAGCAGUAAAGCCUAGUCUUAUUACUGCUACAUUGGAGACUUUAUUGAGAUUUAUUCAUUGGAUUCCCGUUGGGUUCAUUUUUGAAACUGACCUGAUUGAGACACUUCACUCCAAGUUUUUCCAACAAACUCAAUUCAGAAAUGUCACUCUUAAAUGCUUCACCGAAAUCAGCGGUUUAACUAUCACUCAAAACUACUAUGAUAAAAUGGUGCUUAUGUUCACUAGCGUCAUGUCCUCUACCAACCAGAUGGUUCCUCCUAGUACAGAUAUCGCCGAAGUUUAUGAGAAUAGUAACGAUAAUGAUCAAGAAUUUGUUCAAAAUUUGGCUUUGUUCCUUACGAGCUAUCUUGGUACCCACUUGCACGUCGUUGAAAGUUACCCCAAUACACAUGAGCUUCUGAUCAAUGCUCAUUUCUAUCUCAUUAAAAUAUCUCGUGUCGAAGAUCGUGAAAUUUUCAAGAUUUGUUUAGAAUAUUGGUCCAAGCUGGUCCAAGGACUGUUCGACGAAGCCGCUACUGCUGCUGCGCAAAAUAAUGGUCCAUUGUUGAAUAUGGGUGGAUAUAAUAAUGCAGGUGGUCUUAGAAAGAAUCUCUAUGUUACCGUCUUGUCCAAUUUACGUGUGGUAAUGAUUGAACGUAUGGUGAAACCGGAAGAAGUGCUUAUCGUCGAAAAUGAUGAAGGAGAGAUUGUUAGAGAAUUUGUCAAAGAAAGCGACACCAUUGUUCUUUACAAGAGCAUGAAAGAAGUUUUGGUUUAUUUGACCAAUCUCGACGUAAACAACACAGAAGAAAUUAUGACAUCCAAAUUAGCAAAGCAAAUGGACGGGUCUGAAUGGUCUUGGAAUAAUUUGAAUAAAUUGUGUUGGGCUAUCGGUUCCAUUUCAGGUGCCAUGAACGAAGAUACUGAGAAGAGAUUCUUAGUUACCGUUAUUAAGGAAUUAUUGUCUCUUUGCGAAAUGAAACGUGGUAAAGAUAACAAAGCCGUUGUUGCUUCCAAUAUUAUGUACUGUGUGGGUCAAUAUCCUCGCUUUUUGAAGGCACAUUGGAAGUUUCUCAAGACUGUUGUGAACAAAUUGUUUGAAUUCAUGCAUGAAUCUCAUGAAGGUGUCCAAGAUAUGGCCUGUGACACAUUUAUCAAGAUUGCUCAACAUUGUAGAGUUCAUUUCGUUCGUCAACAAAGUGGUGAAGUACAUCCUUUUGUCGAAGAGAUUCUUGAUAAUGUCAAUCGUAUUACCUCUGAUCUCGCGCCCCAACAGAUUCAUACUUUUUAUGAAGCAAUCGGCUAUAUGGUCGCUGCUCAAAGCAAUACCCAGGCUCGAGAAAGAUUGAUGGUUAAGUUUAUGGAGCUUCCUAAUCAAGCUUGGGAUGAUCUGAUCCAAAGAGCCAAAGUGAAUACAGACUGUCUCAACAACGCUAACGAAAUUAAAGUCUUAUGUAACGUUCUCAAGACUAAUGUAUCAGCUUGUUCAUCAGUUGGUUCUGCCUUCGUUUCUCAACUGCGUAGAAACUUUGACGAUUUAUUGGGUCUUUAUCGAAUUGUUGGUGGACUCGUCUCUGAAAGUGUUGCUGCUCAAGGCCUAAUUGCCACGAAAACUCCUAAAGUUCGUGGUUGGAGAACCAUCAAGAAGGAAAUACUGAAGCUUAUUGACACUUACGUUGAGCAUACCAAUGAUAUCAAUGAAUUGAACACUACCAUGGUUGAGCCUUUCUUAGAAGCCGUAUUAAGUGAUUACAGUUCCAACGUGGACGCUGCAAGAGACGCUGAAGUUUUGAAUGUUAUUGCCACCAUUGUCAACAAAUUGCAGUCCUACAUGACUCCUCGUAUUUCAGUUGUUUUCACCGCCACGUUCGAACCUACCUUAGGCAUGAUUACGAAGGAUUUCGCUGAAUAUCCCGAGCAUAGAACAGGCUUCUACUCCUUGUUGCUUGCGAUCAAUAGGCAUUGCUUCCCUGCAUUAUUAGAAUUAGCACCUGCUCAAUUUAAGCUGUUCAUUGAUAGUAUUGUUUGGGGUAUCAAGCACACCAUGCGUGAUAUCGCCGACAUAAGUCUUGAAACAUGCGGUGAGCUGAUCGAUAAUUUCACUCAAACAGAUCCUGCUGUUGCCAAUGCCUUCCACCAAUCUUUCUACACUUCUCUUGUUCAGGAACUCUUAUGUGUGCUUACUGAUCGUGAUCAUAAGAGCGGAUUCAAGGGUCAAACAGAAGUGUUGGCACGUCUUUUCCGUUUGGUAUCAAGCAAUAUGAUCACUGCACCUCUCUUCAACCCCUCUCAAGUCUCUAACCCCAAUAUGACCAAUAUAGAAUAUGUUCGAGAAUACGUUGGCACUCUAUUACAUAACGCUUACCAACACCUUACAGCGAAUCAAAUUAAGGUCUUUGUUGAGGCAAUGUUUGAAUACAACAACGAUUUACCCAAGUUCAAGUUAGAAGUUCGUGAUUUCCUUAUCCAAUUGAAAGAAUUUGCUGGUGAUAAUACUGAUCUCUAUUUGGAAGAGAAAGAGAGAGAAUUAGACGCUCAAAGAAAGGCUGAAAUGGCUAGAGCAUUGCAAAUUCCUGGUAUGGUAAAGCCUUCUGAUUUACCUGUCUUGGAUGAGGAUGAGGCUCUCUAAACGAGAAGAAUAUGUCUUCUCGACAUUUUUACUCUACGUACGCAAACAUUGUCUCAUCAUUCUUUAUCAUCACAAUUUAUUUCACAAUAAGCUUGGAAAAAAACUCUCGAGAACCAAAGAUACACCUUGUCAUGCUUUGACUCAUAUAUUUCUAUUGAUGAGGUAACUCUUCACUUCCUCCAUCAAGAGUCUGUGUGUAUACAGUCACAUAUAUACAUUUUAU